AUGCAGGGGGACGACAAGAAGUCCAAGGAUGCCAUUCCCGAAUGGGACGGCAACCCAGGGCGUUGGCGCCACUUCGAGACGGCUGUGAAAUGGUUCCCUCGCACUCUCAAGAGACAAGAGAGGGACCUGGCGGCGAACCGGAUCAUUGGUCGCAUGCUGCAGAGUAAGACUAUCGCCAUCAGGACGUUUGCGACCACUCUGGAUCCGGACCGAUAUGAGAAUCCGAAUGGCCACCUCCUCCUCCUAGACGACCUGAGGAGCAGCCCGCUUGGGAAGCUUCCGAUCCCGGACGCCGCCCACAAGAUCAAGCAUUAUUACAAGGAUUUCAAGCGUCGCAAGGGCGAGACGGUGGGCGCGCUCCUGAUCAGAGAGCAGGACUGCUACUCAGAGAUGGUCCAGGCGCUGGAGCGCCUCCUGGAGGAGAUGGGCGACAACGACAAGUACAAGCAGUGCCAGGAGUGCUACGGCUACUUCGAGAGAGACCGUGGCGCAACUGGACGCGGACAAUGGUACUGCCAGAGGUGCUGGGACCACUGGGAGCCCAGCCCCGACGAGUCUGCGCCCCCAGCAGCAGAUGAUGCACCCGCUGAGGAAGCUGAAGAAGCAGAUGAGUACGAACGACAGUCGAUCACGUCUCGAUCGCAGGGCUCUCGAACGGAACGUUUCCACCGACAAGAAUCCAUGGCUAGCAAGCUCAAGGUUUCGGAAGCGAUGGCAGUGGGCUCUACGUUUUUCGGCCACGCUUCUGGAGUUCUGAAGGUCCUCCGCGGAUUUUUCCUGCUCGAGGCAAUGGACUUCACCGAGAAGGAGAAGCAGGACGUCCGCGUGGUCACGCAGAAUCGUUUGGAUUUCGAUGCAGUCUCCAAGGCUUUGAAGGAGAGAUGGGAGGACAAGGCGCUGGUGCAGCGAGACUUCGGGCCGAGGGCUAUGCCUCGGUACGGCCCGGAGUCAGGCCCUCAGUCGGCCCUCGUUGCAGAGUUUGACGACGCACACGGACCAGACUGGUACGACGGCUACGCAGCGGCAGUUCAGGCGUGGGAGAACGACGGUUACGACCACCACGAGAACGAGGACGACUACGACGUCGUGGAGGAGCCGCAGCUCGCCUCAGAGCCAGAGGAGUCCGAGGCCAUGGACGAGGAUCUCAACCAUCUCAACGAGGAGCUCGAGGCGGCCCAGGCGAUGGCAGCAGAGGCUUCACGCACUCUGGUUCAAGCCAGGCAAGCAGUGGCCGCCGCUCACAAAGAUCGAGGCCCGAAGGGCAGCAAGGGCAGCAAGAGCGGCAAGGGCAGCAAGUACCGCGACAGGGACCACGACCAGAAGGGCAAGAAUGCGAACUACCUGGAGUUCCACACGAUCACGCACGGGUUUGACGAGCUCCAGGGUCUGUACCAGGCGGAGCUGAACGACAGCGGCCUCGCCCCCUCUGAGGCCAUGGUUGAUUGUGGGGCUUCCGCGUCCGCCGGAGGCGAGCGCGCAGUCCAGGCCCUGGUUGCCGCCGUUGCGGCUGCGAACCCACAGGCCAGGAUCGAGAUCAACAAAAAUGAAAGACCGUGGUUUCGUUUCGGAGACAAUAAGUGGGGUAGAGCACUGUAUAAGGUUUCGGUCGAGUUCGAGCCGGGCUUCGUUCUGGGUAUUUUCGCUCUCUGUCCUGGCGUGCCUCUCGUUCUGUUGGGAAUGGCCGCUCUGGAGUCGUGGCCGGCAAUCGUGAAUUUCCGAACCGGGGAGGCUGUGAUCAGGGGUCAACUGGCGCAGCUUCGCAAGACUCCAGGCAAGGGCCAUUGCAUCCUCGACCUGGUGAAGCACGUUUCCGAGAUUUUAAACCCGACCGCGGAAAACACCGAGGGUCUUGCAAGGGGCAAGGACGAAUGGGUACCUGUCGACAUAGAUGCCGACAAGAAGGAGGAGGGCCCGGAGGUAAAGUCACCUUCGGCGGCAGCGAGCUCCGGACCUACGACCCAGGUCAAGCGGGAGUUCGUCUUCAACGGCCAGAAGAUGGAGUAUGUCACCUCGGAGGGCAAGGUCAAGGAGAGAGAUCCGGGCAACGCGCACCAGGGUCGCAAGAAGGAGAAGCAGAUGGAGCUGGACCCGGCGUUCGCACUGCAGGUGGACCCCCGCGACCCGAGGACCACACGGGGACCGUGCGGGCAGACGCAUCGCAAGUACUUCACGGUCAACAACCAGUGGGGCCAGACCAGGACGUGCUAUCGGUGCGGGCUGAGGUUGCUCUACGUUCCGACGGCGAAGGCGCCGAUGACGAACCUCAGCAUGCAGCAUCCGAAGUUGGUGGAGUCCGGCCUGGAGUUGGUGAGGCACUGCAACCUGUGGGAGACGGCCAAUCACGAGCAGGUGGCCGCGAUGAUCAACAUCGCCACCUCACUGCGGAGGCUCCCCGGGACCGAGAUCCGACACGCGCCGGACGCGCUGCUGGAGAUGUUGGGGGCAGCGAAUCCCAGGCGCAAGGUCCAGAUGGCCGAACCAGUACCCGGGCCAGUCUGA